AUGAAUUUUUUUACUUCAUUUUUGUUUCUCUCUUUGAUUUCAACUCUCUCUCUUGUGGAUUCUGAAACUCUACCUGAAAAUGAAGUUUGGGCACUUACAAGCUUUAAAGAAGCUAUCUAUGAAGACCCAAAUCUAGCUCUAUCAAAUUGGAAUAUGCUAGAAUCAGAUCUUUGUAACUGGUUUGGUGUCACUUGCACUAUUUCUGGAGAUCAUGUUAUCAAGCUAAAUAUAUCGGGUUCAUCGUUGAAGGGUUUUCUUGCGAGGGAGUUGGGGCAAAUUACCUAUUUGCAAGAACUAAUUUUGCACGGGAACAAUCUAAUUGGAACAAUACCGAAAGAAUUGUGCAUGUUGAAAUCUCUCCAGGUGUUGGAUUUGGGAAUGAAUCACUUAACUGGACCAAUUCCUACAGAGAUUGGAAAUUUAACUCUACUUGUGAACAUAAACCUGCAGUCCAACGGGUUGACUGGUAGAUUACCUCCUGAGCUUGGAAAUUUGAGAUACCUUCAAGAACUUUGGCUCGAUAGGAACAGGCUUCAAGGACCCAUUCCUGCUAGUGGCACUUAUACUUUUGCUUCAACUAUGCAUGGAAUGUAUGUUUCUGGAGAGAAUUCAACUGGCUUGUGUCGUUCACCUCAGUUAAAAUUAGCAGACUUUUCAUAUAACUUUUUAGUCGGUAGCAUACCAAAAUGCCUGGAGUAUCUUCCAAGGUUAAGCUUUCAAGGGAACUGCCUCCAGAGCAAUGAUCCAAAGCAGCGGCCUUCCACACAAUGUGGCGGUGCUUCACCUGCCAAGAGUCAGCCAGUGGCGAGCAACCAAUACCACCAAAUAGCUGAUCAUGCACGGAAGCAUCACGGAGCUUCAGAACCUACUUGGCUUUUGGCUCUAGAAAUAGUAGCAGGAACUAUGGUCGGUUCUCUCUUUCUGGUUGCGGCUCUUGCUACUGUUCAAAGAUGCAACAAUAAAUCAUCUAUUAUUAUUCCUUGGAAAAAAUCUUCCAGCCUGAAAGAUCACACUGCAGUAUAUAUAGACCCCGAUAUGUUAAAGGACGUGAGAAGGUAUAGCAGACAAGAGCUUGAAGAGGCGUGUGAAGACUUCAGCAACAUAAUUGGGUCCUCACCGGACAGUGUAGUCUACAAGGGAACCAUGAAAAGUGGGCCUGAGAUCGCUGUAAUUUCUCUCUGCAUCAAGGAGGAGAGUUGGACAGGAUAUCUGGAACUCUACUUCCAGAGAGAGGUGGCAGAAUUGGCAAAGUUAGAUCACGAGAAUACUGGAAAACUACUGGGAUAUUGUAGAGAGAGCAAUCCAUUUUCAAGGAUGUUGGUUUUUGAUUAUGCCUCAAAUGGGACACUUCACGAGCAUUUACAUUGUUAUGAAGAAGGAUGCCAGUUCUCCUGGACACGGCGUAUGAAAAUUGUCAUAGGCAUUGCGCGUGGACUCAAGUAUUUGCACACAGAAGUUGAACCUCCGUUCACUAUCUCAGAGCUGAAUUCUAGUGCUGUAUACCUUACAGAAGAAUUUUCCCCUAAGUUGGUUGAUUUUGAAAGUUGGAAGACAAUUCUUGAAAGAUCAGAAAAGAAUUCCGGUACUAUUAGUAGCCAAGGUGCUGUUUGUGUUCUUCCAAACUCCCUUGAGGCACGCCAUCUUGAUACCAAAGGAAACGUACACGCUUUUGGAGUACUUCUUCUAGAGAUAAUCAGUGGGCGGCUUCCACACUGUAAGGAGAAAGGUUAUUUGGUAGAUUGGGCGAAAGACUAUCUUGAAAAACCAGAAGUAAUGUCACAUUUGGUGAAUCCUGAACUGAAGAAUUUUAGACACGAUGACCUCAAAGUGAUAUGCGAGGUGAUAGCUCUAUGUAUCAAUCCUGAUACAGCUGCGCGUCCAUCUAUGCGAGAAUUAUAUAGCAUGCUGGAGAGCAGAAUCGACACAUCAGUAAGCGUGGAUCUCAAGUCAUCGUCAUCUUUGGCUUGGGCUGAACUUGCACUUUUAUCAUAA